AUGGACUCGGAAAAUGAGAUAAUUGUUAUGGGACAUGAUGCUGAGUAUGGAGAUGAAUUCCAAGAUAUGGUAGUUGAAGAAUAUGAUGAGGAACUGAAUGGUGAAGUACAGGCAAAUAAUAAUCAAGCAGACAAUCCGAAUGUAUGGCCAGUGGCAGCUACAAAAAUGCUUAUUGCAAUAAGAGGUCCAAUGAGUGCCGAAUUUGAAAAAAUUAAAAAAAAGGGCCAAAAAACUGCACUCUGGCAAAAAAUUGCCAACCAAAUGACAAAUAAAAAUUACAAUUAUACUGCGAAGCAUUGUGAUGAAAAGUGGAGACGACUGCUCACACGCUUCCGACAGGUACACGAUGCUAGUAAACGCAGUGGAAAUGGAGGCGUAAAAUGGCAAUAUUAUGAUCUAAUGCAAGAUGCAAUGUCAUCAGUAUCAAAACAGACCAUUUCACCUCCAGAAAAUUUGUUGCAUGAAUCUUCUAGGUCUGAAUCUACUCCAUCAGUAACAAAAUCUCAUGUUUUGAAUACUCCAGAAUUGUCAUCACCAGCAUCAAGUUCUAGUCCAUCACCAACGCACCGUCCAUCAUUAUUAAAAUUAAACAACAGUGACAAAAUGCCUGUUUGGUUUGAGAAAUUUGAAAUAUUGAAAAAAAUACAAAUAGAAUGUAAUAAUGAAAACACAGCACAACUCCAUGAACGAUUAGACAGACUGGAAAAGAGAGAAGAGAGUAUGAUACAAGUACAACAGCAGCUUCUAA